ACUGAGGCAGCCUUUUACUAGCUCGCUCAGGGGUCCCGCGGCCGCUCAGCGUGGGAGGGAGAGCGGGGCUCGCGGGCUCCAAGGCCAAAGUUAGUGCGGCUGCUCGGGCGGGGCCACAGCCUCCCGUCCCCAGCCCUCGGGGACUCCGGCCUCCCCCGGCUCCCAUCCUGGGCCUCCCCUCCCGGCCGGGCCCCCCCCCCCGAAGCCCCGCCGGGGUCUGCCCAGCCCGGGAGUGUGUCUGGGAGGCCGUGUGGGCACGAGUGAGUGAGUGAGGGAGAGCCCAGGACUGACUUGGGCUCUCUCUGUUGAGUCCUCCCCAGAAAGGAGCGUCCCGGCAUCCCCUCAGGGCCCCUCUGUGCCCCCAGACUCCUCUUCUCCCUCCCUCGGGGCCAUGGCAGCUCCGGAGGCCGUGAUCCUCAACCCUGACGUGGCCCAGAAGGACCCUCGGGAAGCGCUGGUCGUGGCGGUCACUGCCAGAGCCACCUUCGACCUGGAGGCGGAGCACCAGCUGUUCCUGGCCCAGGGCCCGGAGGAGUACACCAAGUACCAGAGGGAGCACGCCACGGAGCCGCUGCCCCCGGGCACAGCCUUCCCCUUCAUCCAGGCGGUGCAGCUGGUCAAUCAGAGGCUGCUGGAGCGGGACCCGCAGGAGCGAGGUCUCCUGGACGUCAUGGUCCUCUCCAACAACAGCCCGGAGGCCGGCAGGAGGAUCGUCCACUGCGCCAGGCAGGCGGGCCUGGAGAUCUCCAAGUUCUGCUUCGUCAGCGCCGAGGACUCCACCCAGUACCUCCGGGAGCACAACGUGGGGCUCUUUCUGUCCGCAGACAGGACCGACGUCUGCAACGCCCUGAAGAGGGGGGUCCCCGCCGCCCUCCUUUUCCAGCAGGAGGUCCAGGCGCCCAGCACCCAGCUGCGCUUGGCCUUCGACGGGGACGCCGUGCUCUUCUCGGACGAGACGGACCGGGUCUUCCGGGAGCGGGGGCUACAGGGGGCCGCGGAGUAUGAGAAGGCCCUGGAGGCCGUGCCCAUCGGAGACGGGCCGCUGAAAGCCUUCGCCCUGCGGCUGGGGCGGCUGCGCGACAAGUUCGGGCCCGAGGACUCCCCGGUGCGCACCUACCUGGUCACGGCGCGCAGCCGCGGGGACAUGAGCGUGCGCGCGCUGAACACCCUGCGGGCCUGGGGGCUGCGGCUCGACGAGGUCUUCUUCAUGGACGGCGCCCCCAAGGGACCCACGCUGGCCCGCGUCCGCCCCCACAUCUUCUUUGAUGACUCCAUGUCCAACAUCCGGGGGGCUCAGGACGCCGGCGUCCCCUCCGCCCUGGUGCCCUGUGACUGCUGAGGGAGAUGCCCCCCAGCCCCCUCCCCUCCCCCUGAACUCCUUCCCCUCCCCCUCUCUCCUUCCCCCUCCCCCCCUCCCUACGUCCUCCCUCCUGCUGUGUCUCUCAGCGCCCUCAGUCAUGCCGUCCAUCCCCCUGUCUCCGGGCAGGGAGCCUUUCCUUUGAAAGCCCAGGAGAGAGGAUCCAGGGCCACCCAGCCCCCCAGCCCCGAGCAGUGAAACCCCCAGAACAUACCCUGGCCGAGCAAGGGGUGGGGGAAAGGAGGGAGAGAGGCUU